UUUCAUACAAGAGCCCUGCAUACGUAGUGUAUAUAUCUCCUUCUGAUUGUAUAUGACUCAUUGACCACCUUCAACAUGUUUCCUCCUCAGUCAGGAAACUUGGACAUCGAUGCCUUGAGUGGCAUCCUUGGCUCGAUAUCUAUUGCCUGCUGGGUCGUCGUUUUCUCGCCCCAGAUUAUUGAGAAUUUCCGACGAGGAUCUGCAGAUGGACUCUCUCUUCUUUUUGUUGUUGUCUGGCUGGCCGGCGAUGUUUUCAACAUCCUUGGUUCAGUGCUGCAGGGUGUAUUACCGACGAUGAUUAUUCUCGCGGUGUACUACACUCUUGCCGAUAUUGUUCUGCUCGGACAAUGCUUCUAUUACCGCGGCUUCACCCUGUCAGAUGAGCCUGCGAAACAAAUUAAGCCGAAUGGGCAGGAUGCAGAGAGUCAAGAGCCGACCGAGAGAACGACACUUCUGGAAAAUGGAAGUGGGAAUGGGAAUGGCCAUCCCACUGAAGACUAUCAAACUACGGCAGACCACCGACAUGCACACUCCCAAUGGAUUCAUGUCGACGGCACCCACCUGUCUCCUGCAACACCAUUCAUCGACGCAACUGAAAUAAACACCAGCGUCCAGCCCUCGCGCCCACCGUCCAACCUCCAAGCCGCCUUCUUCAACAUCUUCGCCAUCGUCCUUGUCUGCGCUGCAGGUAUUCUAGGCUGGUACGUCAGCUCGCAUCUCACCAAGCGCUCCAAAUCGGAGCAAGACUUGCCAACCCCCGGUGCAGCGCUCACACUCGACUUCUGGGGCCAAGUCUUCGGCUACCUCUGCGCCGUGCUGUACCUCGGUUCACGAAUCCCACAGCUCCUGCUCAACUAUCGCCGAAAAUCGACGGAAGGGGUAUCGCUCCUAUUCUUUUUAUUUGCGUGCAUCGGGAAUCUGACAUAUGUGUUGUCAAUAUUUGCAUAUGAGCCUGUUUGUCGCUCCGAUGUUUGUGGGCCUGGUGAGGCGGCGGCGGUUUAUGGACGAUAUAUUCUGGUGAAUUUGUCGUGGUUAGUGGGCAGUUUGGGUACUCUGUUGCUUGAUAUGGCUAUUUUCGUGCAGUUUUUCUUGUACAGAAAGGACGAUGAUUGGGAUGAGGGUGAGGGUGAUGAGGAAGAGUCGUAGAGAACAAAAGAACCAAAUAUUGAUUCCCAGACAUGAAAUUUG